CUGUGCGUAAAACACCCAAACAACUUCUAUUAUCAGCCUAUAGAGUGAGCCAACAGUGUCGGGCAUCCACACAACAUCUCACUCUGAUGCCUAUUUAUCAUCUUGGAGCGUGAAAGUGCACAUUUUGGUGCAAAAUUUGCUACUGGACAUGAAAUAUAUAUCUUUUUCCUCCACGUUCCAUGUAGGUCCACUGUACAAGGAUGAACACACGGACAAGGAGAAGGAGGACGAGAGUCUGACGGAUGACAGAGAGGAGGACGACGCGCGCUCCUCCUGCUUCUCGCGAGAAGACAGCUGUGAUACAGGUGACAUUAAAGCGGCGCGAAAGAAGAAGACCCGCACCGUGUUCAGCCGGAGUCAGGUGUUCCAGCUGGAGUCCACUUUCGACCUGAAGCGCUACCUGAGCAGCUCGGAGCGAGCGGGGCUGGCCGCCUCGCUGCAGCUCACCGAGACCCAGGUCAAGAUCUGGUUCCAGAACCGCAGGAACAAGUGGAAGAGGCAGAUCGCCGCAGACAUGGAGGCCAGCGGCAGUGGCGCCAACGCCAUCCCCUACGCCGCCACCCAGAGGGUCGUCAGAGUUCCCGUGUUGUAUCGCGAAAACGUCGCCUCGGCCGUGACGCUUUCCGGCCUGCCUCAAGUGACGUCACCGGUGGUGGGCUUCUCCAGCUCUAUUAGCUAUCCAUUGACUUCCCACUUCAGCCACCCGGUGUCGUUCAUGACACCACAGAUGACCGGACUGGUGUGACUUUAAGGGCGGAGGCCGAGCCUAUACUUGUGACUCUUUAAACACCAGUGAAUCAAAUAAAGAUGCUGCAAAAAUAUCGAUUUUAGUUCAGUUUCAGAUCCUGUAAAAUCAGAAAAAAUAAACUCAAUUUAUCCCGUGUUCAAGUUAGAAGCAACUAAAGGUGGAUCACUCAUGAUGUGGGUCAUAAAGAUCCUUAAAUGGCUGCUUUAAAACCCUGAAAACAAGACUAUUUCUCCCCCAGUGUUGUUUUCCCCUUAAGUGAUUUGGGCAUUCAGUGUAGUGACUAUGACGGAUGUUUUUGGCUGUUUAAGCUGCCCACAGUCCUGUAGUCCUCCGGCCUACAUGGAGGACGUGUCACACCAGGUCACACAGCUUUCAAGCAGAGCUCUAUUAUGUGAUUAUUUUUCACAGAUAUGGUUUGGAUGACCCACACAUGUGGGGUCAAAUAAGGGUCAAUGAGAUUUUGAGCUGGUAAAGCAAACCUAUGGCGUACUGUAUGUCAGCCAGGGCUGAAACUA